AUGUAUUCAGCGCCUCGACGUACUUCUUGGGGUCUGAUCGCUGAUCUCUUGCACAGACGAGGAUCCGGUUCCAAGGAUUCGACGCCGGCUUCACCGUCGGAUACUGUAUUUUUUUCAUACGACUGCGAUGAAUAUCAUGAACGCUUGCCGUCUCGACGUCCAGUGUCAGUGGUGGCCAGUGGCCCAACCGGGGACAGGUACGACGAUGGUGUCCCGGCAACCCACGGUCCGCCGUCUUCGCCGGGGGCUGUUGCAGCCCAACGGCGCGUUGCAGCCGCCUGUCAGGCGAGUCGACGACUCUUAGAGGAAAUAUUAACCAAACCUGGUACUCCCCCAACCGUAGUCCUGCCCCCUGGAGGAGGUUAUUGGGCUGAUGGCGUAGAUGACAAUCCUUCAGACGAAGACAACGAGCCUCGUCCUCAACCCGGCACUCCCCGUCAGCUUUCGAGGCGGCACAACAUAGACACUGACGACACCGCCAAGUACUACAGGCGGUUCUUUCUCGGCAAGGAACACAUCAACUUGGUCGGGUUUGAUUUAAGCCUGGGUCCAGUAGUGAUGUCCCUGAAGAAUGAACAUAUGGCUGGUCAGGACCAUACAAGGAUACUGCUGAGGCUGCGCUCAGAAACUAUGCACGGACUCAUACCUAUUACAAAUACAGGCGCGCUCCCAUCACCUCUAAGAAUGGCUAAAAUGCUGAACGAACAAGUGAAUGUAGACAAUUUCUCAGCUGUCAUGUGCUUGAACGCAUCCUCAAUGAUAGCAGCCUACGAUGAACACGUUCUGGUGAACACCUUCAAGUUCGGAGUGCUGUACCAGAAGUAUGGUCAGACCACUGAAGAAGACCUCUUUGGAAACAACGAGACGUCGCCAGUGUUCGAUGAGUUUCUAGAAAUGCUGGGUCAGCGGAUCAAAUUGAAGGAUCAUAAAGGUUAUAGAGGAGGAUUGGAUAUAAUGAACGGACAUACAGGGACUGAGGCGGUCUACGAGAGGUUCUACGACCGAGAAAUUAUGUUCCACGUGGCGCCUCUUUUGCCCCAUACUGCAGGAGACGCCCAACAGUUGCAGAGGAAACGACAUGUCGGCAACGAUAUCGUCGCUAUUGUUUUUCAGGAAAAAGCAACACCGUUUACACCUGAUAUGAUCGCGUCUCACUUCCUGCACGCAUUUAUCGUUGUCACGCCCAUAGAAGUCGAAGGGGAGACCAGGUACAAAGUGGUCGUCACAGCACGUGGAGACGUUCCAUUCUUCGGACCGACUCUCCCGCAACCGUCAAUAUUCAGAAAGGGGCGUGAACUGAAAGACUUCCUCCUUACCAAGUUAAUCAACGCUGAAAACGCGUGCUACAAAGCGAAGAAGUUCGCCGAACUCGAACAAAGGACCCGCAUGUCAUUACUCCAGUCGCUAGCUGAGAAGUUGAAAGAUAAGACUGUUGAGUUUCUUGGUACAGGAGCACGAUGUGACGUUGGGGCUGUUUCACCGCAGCCGGAAGGCACGCCUAAACAAGAUGGACCGGCCACUAAAAUAUUCGAUACUGUUCGCAAAGUGAUAUACAACUCGAAGAUGAGAUCGCCGAGUGUGGACACGAAUCUUUCAAACGAUAGUCAUAAGAAUAAUGCAUUUAACAAGAAAAUAAUGUCACAUGACACACCUACACCAAACAGUGGCCGAUCAAAGACAUCGAUUCCAUCAUCUUCAGCAAGUGCAGUGUCUGUCAGAUCCGCUGGUGGCUCCGGUUCUGGAGAAUCCAGUCCGGAUGUGACGUCUCGAGCCGCUGCGCCUCGCCCACCUCUGCAUGACCACAGUGACGAUUCCAGUCUGAACUCCGUUGACUUAGAUCCACUGGGCGCAGUCUACGUGGAUAGUGACACAGGCCUAGAGUCAAUGUCUUCUGCUGAAGCCGGAGCAGCCAACAACCGAGAGGCCAUGUUACCACCAAGAGAUGCCGAUCAGCUAAGACAAGAAGUCUGCCGCCUUAAGAACGACAAGCUAGACCUGUUGAAACAAAAUAUUACCUGGCAGAACGAAAUAAAAUCACUAAGAGAAAGAGUGAUGAAUCUUCAAGCAGAGUUAGCUGCGGCCGGAAAAGAACGAAGACGGGAAACCACGAUCAUUCAAAAUCCAUCAACUCACGACUCUACGGCAUAA